GUUCGUUUUCAAGCGAGCUAAAAUUCCUUUACGUCUUGUACUCCGGCCUCCGGGCUCCCGGUCCUCCCGCCGGCGGAAGUCAUCGGAGCGAGGACGCUGUCCUGGGGCAGCGCUCGAGAGGAAACCGGCCGUGGAGGAGCGAGCAACGAUUGUUUUGGGCCGUAGAGGUGAAGUGAUGAGCACGGCGAGCGUCAGCGACGACGGCGGUUGGGUAAGCGGCGGAAAGUCGGCCGACGGGUGGCGGGCGGAGGAGGCUGUCGCGGGCAACCGUAGGGCACUGGAGGCCCUUCGGGAGCUCGUGGCUUAUCCAUUCCUCUACGCCCGCGAGUCCCGGCUGCUCGGACUCAAGUGGCCCAGAGGAUUGCUGCUCCACGGCCCCCCUGGCACCGGAAAGACAAGCCUGGUUCGAGCUAUUGUUCGAGAAUGCAACGCACACCUGAUAAUGAUCAAUCCUUAUUCUGUACACAAAGCCCAUGUGGGAGAGGGAGAAAAGUUCCUGCGUGAAGCUUUUUCUGAAGCAUAUUCUCAGGCUUCGCGGGGUAAACCAGCUGUGAUAUUCAUCGACGAACUUGAUGCCAUAUGUCCACGGCGCAAUGCUAGGAGAGAGAAUGAGUCCCGCAUUGUUGGCCAACUUCUUACUCUGAUGGAUGGAAACAAGAAAUCGUCAAAGAUGCUUCCUCACAUAGUUGUUGUUGCAUCGACUAACAGGGUAGAUGCCAUUGAUCCAGCAUUGAGAAGAGCAGGACGUUUUGACUCAGAAGUAGAGGUUUCUGUUCCUACAGUUGAAGAGCGGCUGCAAAUUCUAAAGCUUUAUGCCAAAAACCUACAUAUGGAUGAAAAGGUCGAUCUUCAAACCGUUGCUGCAUUCUGCAAUGGCUAUGUUGGAGCUGAUUUAGAAGCAUUAUGUCGAGAAGCUGCCAAGCUUGCAUAUCAUAGAAUGUUAAACAUAUCUGAGGGUGACAGAGUACUUAAACUACAUAUGGAGGACUGGGAGUCUGCUAGAUCUAUGGUGGGACCAAGCAUAACAAGAGGGAUAACCAAAGAAAUUUCAACUGUUUCAUGGGAUGAUAUAGGAGGCUUGAAAGAUCUAAAGAAAGAGCUUCAGAAAGCUGUUGAGUGGCCCAUCAAGCAUGCUGAUGCAUUUUCUAGACUUGGAAUACCACCAGUCCGGGGGGUGCUUUUGCAUGGUCCGCCAGGGUGCUCAAAGACUACCCUUGCCAAGGCUGCAGCGCAUGCUUCCCGAGCUUCUUUCUUUUCUUUGAGUGGUGCAGAUUUAUAUUCCAAGUAUGUUGGAGAAGGUGAAGCUCUGUUACGUAGAACAUUUCAGAAAGCACGUCUUGCUUCUCCAAGCAUUAUAUUUUUUGACGAGGCUGAUGCCAUUGCCCCCAAGAGAACUGGCUCUGGUGGGAAUUCUAGUGGCAAUGCCACUGUUGGAGAAAGACUUUUGUCAACUUUAUUGACCGAAAUGGAUGGUUUAGAACUGGCUACGGGAAUUCUCGUAUUGGGUGCUACAAAUCGCCCAAAUGCAAUUGAUGCUGCUCUUCUGCGCCCAGGACGUUUUGAUAAGGUGCUGUAUGUCCCGCCACCAGAUGUGGAAGGGCGAUAUGAGAUACUACGCAUCCAUACACAGAAAAUGAAAUUGGGAGAGGAUGUAGAUCUAUGGAAGAUUGCAGAGUGUACUGAGUUGUUCACCGGUGCUGAUCUUGAAGGCCUUUGCCGGGAAGCUGGAAUGGCAGCUCUGAGGGAAGAUAUCUCAGCAAGUUCGAUAUGUAAUACCCACUUCCAAGCCGCACGAAGUUCAUUGAACCCCUCUCUUACAAAAGCAUUAGUUGACGAGUACUCAAAGGCAGCUAUAAAUGAUCCAUCAAGUAGGAAACAUUAAGAUAUUCUCUCUUUUUCUUUGUUGCACAAGAAUAGCUAGAAUGCUUAUCUUGAGCAGCAGGGAGACAUUAAGCAGUUUUCCCUAUUGUACAAGACUGCUAGAUCCUUAGCAUCGGCAAGGAAUGCAAAUAUGCAAUUGUGGUUUCAAUGAAAAAUUCCAGGAGUUCCUUUUCUUUUCCUCAGAAACAGUCUGUAUCAGCUAUAAAUGAUACAUGGUUCAUUUAUUGAUGUAUUAUAUCAUUUUGCUGCUGCAA